AUGGCCACGACCUCCACUCCGGCGCAGGCCGCAGCGGCGGCGGCUCUGCCACUCUCCGGCCGCGUGGCCAUCGUCACCGGUGCAUCGCGCGGCGUCGGCCGCGCCAUCGCCGUCCACCUAGCCUCGCUCGGUGCCAGCGUCGUCAUCGGCUACGCCUCCAGCUCCGGGCCGGCCGAGGCGCUGGCGGCCGAGCUCCCGAGCGCGGUGGCGGUGAAGGCCGACGUCUCCGACGAGGCCGGCGUGAGGUCCCUUUUCGACGCCGCCGAGUCGGCCUUCGGCGGCGGCGCGGCGCACAUUCUGGUGGCCUGCGCCGGCCUCGCCAUCAGUACGUACCCCGAGCUCGCCGCCACGUCCGCCGCGGACUUCGACGCCGCGUUCGCCGUGAACACCCGCGGCGCGUUCCUGUGCCUCCGCGAGGCCGCCAACCGGCUGCGCCGCGGCGGCGGGGGCCGGGUCGUGGCCGUGUCGUCCACGCUGGCGGCGACGCUGCUGCCCGGGUACGCGGCGUACGCGGCGUCGAAGGCCGCCGUGGAGGCGAUGGUGCGGGUGAUGGCGAAGGAGGUCGGGCCGUCACGGGUGACGGUGAACUGCGUGGCGCCGGGCCCCGUGGCGACGGAGCUGUUCUUCGCCGGGAAGAGCGAGGAGGCGGUGGAGAGGUUCAAGGCCGCGAACCCGAUGGGGCGGCUCGGCGAGGUCGGCGACAUCGCGCCGGUGGUCGGAUUCCUCUGCACCGACGCCGCCGAGUGGGUCAACGGCCAGGUGAUUCGAGUCAACGGCGGCAUUGCCUAGCUUGGCGACUAUUUAAUUUUCUCUAUGUAUUGAGAGAUGAUUGAUAGAUAAAUUGAAGAAAAUAAAAUAAGCAGUUUUGCUACUAUAGGAUAUGAUUAUACACUGUUUACGUUUGCAGCUGAAAAUGAACACAAUUGUUUGUAACAUUGUAUCCCCUUUGUUAAAAUUAGUCAACUUUUCAAGAAAUCUAAA